CGCAAAGGCUCAUUGUGGCACUUACGGCAGAAGACAUCAGCAGAGAGCCGAGGAGGUCACAACAAGCCUAAUUUGGCUAGGCAAGAAAAGAUAAAGAAAAAAAAAACAAGGAGAAGAAAUUUGCAGUCAGCUUUCAAAACAUCUUCACAAGGAACAUGUCUCUUGAGUUGAUAUUCAACCCUGAUAUACAGCUGACAGAGAUCAUGAGUCUGCGCGUACAGUCUCUGCAACAGCGGGGACAGAAACGCCAGGACGGAGAGCGUCUACUGAGGUCCAGUGAGCGCGUCUACCGCCUGGACUUCUCCGAACAGGCCCUGCAUUUCACCCGCUGGAACAUCCGCAUGUCCACCCCUGGCCGCCUCAACAUCAUUGCCACCUCUCAGCUCUGGACGCCCGACCUCACCUAUCUCAUGACCCGCCAGCUCCUCGAACCGACAGGGCUCUUCUGGAAAAGCGCAGACGACGAUCUCAUCCAAUGCUAUGAGGCUGAUGCCCAGGAGUUCGGCGAGAGGAUAGCCGAGCUGGCCAAAGUCCGUAAGGUGAUGUAUUUCCUGUUUGCUUUUGAAGACGGCUUGACUCCGGAGAGCAUCGACUGCUCAAUUGAAUUCCAGAUCUCCAAGUGAAGGGUACGACAGCUUUAUCGGUGUGCUUAACCUAGACCUAGUACUUUAAGUAGUUAUAACAUGAUGUACCUAAACACCUAUAAAGUUAUGACAAAGCCGUGAACAUUUUAUGCAAUGUGAUGAGCUGUAUCUGUGUGAUUGAUUGUUCAUUUUUAGCUGUUUUUGUGACUGUGAUGAGACUGUAAUGGAGUUAACCCACAAUAAAUCACACUAAUAAUUCAAGAAAAUCUAAAUUAUUCAUGAAUAAAAGUAAAACUUGUGCUUUUAGUAGUCGUAGUCAUUAAUCCAUUGAAUAAUUGAUGCAAAUAACUUUACUGGGUUAUGAGUGUCCUUGAGCAGUGGUUCUCAAUCUUUUUAACUCCAAGGCACCCCAAUUUCAGCAACAAUAUUCGAAAGCCACAUGACUUUUCCAGUUGUUCAUGAUUUCCUGGAUAAGGAUUAACUUAAAGGGAUACUCCACUUUU